AUCAUGUGACGAGUGGGGAGUGGAGAAUGACAGGAGACUUGGUUCAAAUACAUGACAGCGAACAACUGAAAAUGUUGUCGUGAAACUAUACAACAGCUAACUGACACAAAAAAUGGCAGAGGGUGUCACAGACACGGGGGCCCAGUAUGGGACAGUGGUGGGCCUGGUGUACAUAUUCAACCUGAUAGUGGGAACAGGUGCCCUCACUAUGCCUGCUGCCUUCCAGCAGGCCGGCUGGCUUGUCAGCCUCAUCCUCAUUGUGCUCCUGGCCUUCAUUAGUUACGUUACUGUUACCAUAGUGACAGAAGUAAUGGCUGUUGCAAAUGCUGUCCUCAGACUGGAAAGACAUGGAUCACAGAACUCCCACGAAGAACCUGAAGACACCAAGGAAGAGGUUCCGCUGUUGCAAGGAAGAAGACUAGAUGUGGACAAGUUGUUUGAUAUAUCGGAAAGGAUAGAAAUGGGCAAAAUGGCUAAAAUGUUUUUCAACAGUGUUGGAGAGAAGCUGUUCUACCUGUGUUUAGUCAUCUACCUGUACGGGGAUAUGUCCAUCUACGUCGCAGCCGUGCCAAAGUCUCUCAGGGACACCGUCUGUACCUGGCGGCCAUUUAACGAGACCAACUGCAACAAAAGCUUGUCUGACACCGAACCAUGCUGGACUUCCUCCUCACUCAGUCGGAUGGACGCAUACAGGAUCUUUGUGGCAUGUUUCAUCCUGGCUUUGGGACCAUUUGUGUUCUUCAAUGUCCAGAAAACGAAGAUCCUUCAAGUUAUCACUGGCUCAGCAAGGUGGCUAGCGUUUGGAAUUAUGAUUGUUCUUGCUGUGAUGCAGUUGGCUCAACACAGAGGUGAAGGUCGACCAGCGAUAGGCAACAUAGCGGGAGUGCCAAACCUGUUUGGCGUGUGCGUGUACUCCUUCAUGUGUCAUCACUCGCUGCCAUCUCUCAUCACACCAAUAAAAGACAAGUCCAAAUUGUACAAGGUCCUGGCUGCGGACUAUAUCCUUAUUCUGUCUUUCUACGCCCUGCUGUCUUUCACUGGGAUCUACACAUUCAAGUCAAUACAGGAUCUCUACACCCUCAACUUCCUGCCAGACGAGUGUGGAAACAAUUCUGUUACGAGUGUCAAGUUUUUCCAAUAUUUUCUUGCUCUCUUUCCAGUGUUCACUCUCAGCACCAACUUCCCUAUCAUAGCCAUCACACUGCGCAAUAAUCUGCAGACACUGUUUCUCAAACCAGACAGGGAUUACUCGAAGUAUGUACGGAAUCUGUUUCCAAUUUUGGCAGUUAUUCCGCCAACCAUUGUUGCUAUGGUAACCAAUGAGGUGGAGAUCCUGGUCGGUAUAACGGGUUCCUAUGCUGGUGCAGGAAUACAGUAUGUGAUUCCGGCACUGCUGGUGUAUUUUGCCAGGAAGGAUCCACUUGUGAUAGAUUAUCGGAACUACCACAGGUCUCCAUUCAGCCAUGUUGGCUGGAUUAUUCUCAUCCUUGCCUGGUCGGUUAUAUGCGUAGGCUUUGUCACAGUCAACCAUAUCAUUACUCAGAAGUGACCUGGUAACGGUUCUCCUUCCUUCUUCAAGGAGGGGUAUAAGUGGGCCAGUGUGUCAUGCCCCCGUGUAGAGUAAUGUCCCUUGGCUAUACCAGGAUCAGUUGAUUGAGAGUUCAAAUCAAGAUUAUUACAUUAUAUAUGUCAGCACCAUGCCGUUGUAUUUAGGUUGGUGCUCAAUAGGGGAACUGUUUGAACUGCCCCACCUUAGGCUUACUCUCAAAUUAAGCUGGCAUUCCUAGUUAUAACUAAAAUAAUGUUCAUGGUGGCAUUAACUGAAACUUGCUCAUUCACUCAUCCAUGUUGGUGAGAAGGUGUUGUUUUAUGGAACAAUCUUGACACUGUGACACUGGGAUCUGUAGACAUUUCCUAAUACCCAAGUCUACCAGCCCAAACUUGGCUCUUUGCAUCAUUUCCCGGGGAGUUUUGUGUUAUGGACCAUUACUAGCUGAGCUUACUAGACUUAUCAGACUAUUACUAGACUUGGGCUAUGGACAAGUGGAUUAAGCAGCAAACUUCAUAUCAGCAGUACAUUUGUAUAUCUUCAAUUGUCAAGAUUGACAAUGCAAGUGACUGUCCUGCUUUACCUUAACUAGCUCCAUUCUCUGAAGAGGAAGUAGCGGGUAGUCAAGUUGAUUAAGCAGCUGAAAAAGAAAAGCUUAGAUCUAAAUCCAAUACUGACUAGCCUGCUGUUGGAAUACCUUGACUGCCUACUUCCAUUUAGUACCAGAAAAAUAAACACCUCUCUCAUGACCGAUGAAGUGCCCUCCUCCAUCAAACAUGCUCUACCCAGCCCACUAAGAAGGAAGGAUUGAAUAAGCAAAUUCUCCAAAAUUAUUAAUGAGUCUCCAAAGUUCUGUAUUUAUCCAAACUACAAGAGAAAACAGCUGGCACUCAUCUCCAGGAGCACCUCAAGAAGAAUUACUUGUAUGAGAAGUUACAAUCUGUUUACACAGUUGGACACAGCUAGUACACAGACUGUAUUGAUCAGGGCCACGAAUGACAUAUAAACUUGCUGUGGAUCAGGGUCACGAAUGACCUCUUAACUUGCCAUGGAUCAGGGUCACGAAUGACCUCUUAACUUGCUGUGGAUCAGGGUCACGAAUGACAUCUGAACUUGCUGUGGAUCAGGGUCACGAAUGACCUCUUAACUUGCCAUGGAUCAGGGUCACGAAUGACCUCUUAACUUGCUGUGGAUCAGGGUCACGAAUGACAUCUGAACUUGCUGUGGAUCAGGGUCACGAAUGACCUCUUAACUUGCCAUGGAUCAGGGUCACGAAUGACCUCUUAACUUGCUGUGGAUCAGGGUCACGAAUGACCUCUUAACUUGCUGUGGAUCAGGGUCACGAAUGACCUCUUAACUUGCUGUGGAUCAGGGUCACGAAUGACCUCUUAACUUGCUGUGGAUCAGGGUCACGAAUGACCUCUUAACUUACUGUGGAUCAGGGUCACGAAUGACCUCUUAACUUGCCAUGGAUCAGGGUCACGAAUGACCUCUUAACUUGCUGUGGAUCAGGGUCACGAAUGACAUCUGAACUUGCUGUGGAUCAGGGUCACGAAUGACCUCUUAACUUGCCAUGGAUCAGGGUCACGAAUGACCUCUUAACUUGCUGUGGAUCAGGGUCACGAAUGACAUCUUAACUUACUGUGGAUCAGGGUCACGAAUGACCUCUUAACUUGCCAUGGAUCAGGGUCACGAAUGACCUCUUAACUUGCUGUGGAUCAGGGUCACGAAUGACCUCUUAACUUGCCGUGGAUCAGGGUCACGAAUGACCUCUUAACUUGCUGUGGAUCAGGGUCACGAAUGACCUCUUAACUUGCUGUGGAUCAGGGUCACGAAUGACCUCUUAACUUGCUGUGGAUCAGGGUCACGAAUGACCUCUUAACUUGCUGUGGAUCAGGGUCACGAAUGACAUCUUAACUUGCUGCGGAUCACGGGAAAAUGAUAGCACUAAUACUGUUAAGACUUGAACACACAGUGCCAUUUAGAAAGUGGUCAAAUGUAACAAAUGUAAAAUACAGAUUCUCAUACUUUUUUUUGGACCCAAAAGAGUACAAGAAUCUGUAUUUUACUAAGAAAGUGUUAUCCCAAAUCUUAACAUUUGUUACUGUUAAGGCUUGUUGGCAGCAUUUGAUAUGGUCAACCAUUCUUCCUUAUAACACUGCCAUGCUUUUGAUCCUCUCUAAGUGACAGAGAUGAUCUAUCAGCAUACUCCUGCCUACAAGCUUGACCAUGGCGUCCCUCAAGGUUAUAUCUUAGGACCAGUACUGUUUACACUAGGUACACGAUCUCUUAGCAACAUUGGUGACAAGCACGAAGUCAGUCAACCCCAGUAUGCUGAUGAUAACCAGGAAUUUUUUGUGAUACACCCCAAACAUGAAAUCCAGAAAUGGAUAGGUGAUGCAGUCAUUGUUCUGCCCUGAGAAAGUGGAAAAUCUGGGCAUGUCACUAGCAGCAGAUUGUGGACUAUCUUGUGACCAGUGUGUGGCUCACAGCUAAUUGUCACCACACAAAUAGUGGAUUAAUUCGGCCUUAUACUUGGAUUGUCUCUAACCAUAUCUAGAAUGGACUUUUGUAACAGCCUCCUUGUGAAUGUAUCCAAAGAGCAGAUAAACAGACUUCAGGCCAUCACAAAUACAGCUGCUAGACUCAUAUUCAGAUAUUCUAGGUUUGACCAUGUCUCUCAACAUCCCAUGGAGCUCCACUGGCUGUCAAGUGCUGCACAAGUCAACUAUAAGAUCUGUUGUGGCAACCUUCCACCUGUCAACAAGUCAACUAUAAGAUCCUCAUCAAUGCCUACAGUGUUGUGGCAACCUUCCACCUGUCAACAAGUCAACUAUAAGAUCCUCAUCAAUGCCUACAAGUGUUGUGGCAACCUUCCACCUGUCAACAAGUCAACUAUAAGAUCCUCAUCAAUGCCUACAAGUGUUGUGGCAACCUUCCACCUGUCAACAAGUCAACUAUAAGAUCCUCAUCAAUGCCUACAAGUGUUGUGGCAACCUUCCACCUGUCAACAAGUCAACUAUAAGAUCCUCAUCAAUGCCUACAAGUGUUGUGGCAACCUUCCACCUGUCAACAAGUCAA